GGUGGUGUGUCAUGGCGGCGUGGUGGAGUAUGCUUGAAGUGAAAAACUAAACCAAACCCCCCUCCUCCCUCCACCUGUUCCUCUGUUCUCCUCUUUGGUUAUUUUACGGAGCGGUUUAGGGGGUAUUUGUCGCACCCGGGGCGAAUCGACAGCAGGAAUCGGGAUCGCAAAAGUGAUUGAUAGGAGACUUAGCGGCGCGCGCAUCCGCCUGAGCAUGGCGGCGCACAAGCCCGUGGAAUGGGUCCAGGCCAUCAUUAAUCGAUUCGACGAACAGCUCCCAACUAAAAUGGGACAGCAGAGCACCCACACCAAAGUGAGUACAGAGCACAAUAAAGAAUGUUUGAUCAACAUCUCCAAGUACAAAUUUGCCCUCGUCAUCAACGGUCUGACCAACAUACUCAAAAAUGUGAACAACAUGCGGAUCUUCGGCGAAGCUGCCGAGAAGAACCUCUACCUCUCCCAGCUGAUUAUCCUGGACACACUGGAGAAGUGUCUGGCAGGGCAACCCAAGGACUGCCUGAGGCUGGAUGAGGCCAUGUUGGUAAAACAGUUGCUGCCUGAAAUUUGUCACUUCCUGCACUCGUACCGUGAGGGCCAGCAGCACGCCGCUCAGCUGCGCAGUUCUGCCUCUGCCGUGCUCUUCUCUCUCAGCUGCACCAACUUCAAUGCCGUCUUCAGUCGUAUCUCCACCAGGUUGCAAGAGCUCACAGUUUGUACAGAGGACACAGUGGAUGUCCAUGACAUUGAGCUCAUCCAGUAUAUCAACGUAGACUGCUCCAAGUUAAAGAGACUCCUACAAGAAACAGUACUUAAAUUCAAAUCUUUGAAAAAGCCGGCUCAGCUUGCAGUAAUCAGCAGUUUGGAAAAGGCUUUUUGGAACUGGGUUGAACACUACCCUGAUGAGUUCACUAUGCUCUAUCAGAGACCCCAUGCUGACAUGGCCAACUGUGCAGAAAAACUGUUCGAUCUGGUGGACAGUUUUGCAGAGAGUGCAAAGAGAAAGGCUGCUGUGUGGCCACUACAGAUCAUCCUCCUCAUCCUCUGUCCAGAGAUCACUCAGAGCAUCACCAAAGAAGUAGGGGGGGAGGAAAAAGCUAACAAGAAGUCAUUUGUGGACAGUUUACGGAAGGCUCUGGGACAGCACAGCGGCAGCAGACAGUUGACCGAGAGUGCGGCCGUCGCAUGCGUCAAACUCUGCAAAGCCUGCACCUACAUCAACUGGGAGGACAAUUCCGUCAUCUUUCUCCUAGUUCAGUCCAUCGUCAUGGACCUUAAGGGUCUUCUGUUUAACCCUACUAAGCCAUUCUCGAGGGGUGCGGGCUGCCAGAGCGCCGAUGUGGAUUUGAUGAUUGACUGCUUUGUGUCAUGUUAUCGCAUCAAUCCUCGUAACAACCAGCAUUUUAAGGUAUUCCUGGCCUCGACUUCUCCUCCUACCUUCUAUUUCGUCCUGGUCAACUCCCUGCACAAAAUUAUCACCAAUUCACACCUGGACUGGUGGCCGAAGAUUGACGCCAUCUACUGCUACUCAGGAGAACUGCGCACCAUGUUUGCAGACACAUUGGGCCGAGUGGUUCAGAGUCUCGGUGCCCAUCCACCUCUGAGGAUGACAUCAAGUCUGACAUUCAAAGAGAAAAUGACGACUAGUUUAAAGUUCAAGGAGAAGUCCACUGACCUUGACUCGCGUUCUCUGCUGCUGGCCCUGGUCAAACUCAUCCACGCUGACCCCAAACUAAUGCUGCAUAACCCAGGGAAACCAGGUCAAGAGAUCCAGAACAGCACAGCUGAGCUCAUCAAAGGUCUGGUCCAGCUGGUUCCUCUCAACCAUAGUGCAGAGCUUUCACAGGAAGCCAUGGAGGCACUGUUGGUGUUACAUCAACCAGAAACUAUUGAGCUGUGGAACCCUGACGCACCCAUUGAGACCUUCUGGGACAUCAGCUCCCAGGUCUUAUUUCUGAACUGCAAGAAGCUGAUUGGACAUCAGAUGAUCAACAGUACAGAGAUACUGAAGUGGCUCCGGGAGAUUCUCAUAUGUAGAAACAAGUUUCUCUUAAAGAACAAGGAAUGUGCCACACAGGGCAGUCUCAUCCCCAUCAGCAGACAGGCUCAGACCAAGCUGGAAGUGUGUCUCUACACCUUCCUGUGGAGCCCUGACGCAGAGGCUGUGUUGGUGGCCAUGUCCUGCUUCCGGCAUCUCUGUGAGGAGGCGGACAUCCGCUGCAAUGUGGACGAGCUGCCAGUGCACACGGUCCUGCCCAACUACAACACCUUUAUUGAGCUCGCCUCUGUCAGCAAUAUGAUGGCUACAGGUCGCAACACACUUCAGAAGAGAGUGAUGGCGCUGUUAAGGAGGAUAAAACGCCCUACAGCUGGAAAUGUAGAGGCAUGGGAAGACACAUGUGCAAAAUGGGAGCAAGCUACUAAACAGAUACUCAACCACCCGAAAAACAAAGUGGAAGAUGGACAGGAGUGGAUCAACAUGACCGGUUUCUUGUGUGCCCUGGGAGGGGUUUGUCUCCAUCAGCGCAGCACCCCUAGCCUAGGCACCUACAGUCCUCCUAUGGGACCCCUAACCGAACGCAAGGGCUCCAUGAUCUCUAUGGGCUCUUGUGAGGUGAACAGCGAGACGUCUCUUAACAGGUUUCUGGACCGUCUGCUGGGUCUCAUGGUCUGUACACAUGAAAAGGUGGGCGUGCAGAUUCGAACCAACGUCAAAGACCUUGUGGGACUGGAGCUCAGUCCAGCUCUCUACCCUAUGCUCUUCACCAAGCUACGCAACAGCAUCGGCCGGUUUUUUGAGACCCAGGGUCCGGUUCCCAUUACAGACACAAACACGCUGUUUGUUGAGCAGACCAUCGCCAUCAUGAAGAACCUGCUUGACAGUCACACUGAAGGAAGCUCAGAGCACCUCGGUCAAGCCAGCAUUGAAACCAUGAUGCUCAACCUGGUUAGGUAUGUGCGUAUUUUAGGGAAUGUUGUCCAUGCCAUUCAGAUCAAAACUAAGCUGUGCCAGCUAGUGGAGGUGAUGAUGGAACGCAGGGACGACCUCUCCUUCUGCCAAGAGAUGAAAUUCAGAAAUAAAAUGGUGGAGUACCUCACAGACUGGGUGAUGGGAACCUCUAAUCAAGCAGCAGAUGAUGACAUCAAAUGUCUGACCCGGGAUCUGGACCAGGCGAGUAUGGAGGCAGUAGUGUCUCUGUUGGCUGGUCUUCCCCUGCAGCCUGAGGAGGGUGAUGGCGUUGAGCUCAUGGAGGCCAAGUCUCAGCUCUUCCUGAAAUACUUUACGCUGUUCAUGAACCUGUUGAAUGACUGCAGCGAGGUCGAGGAAGAUGGCCAGCAGGUGGCAGGGCGGAAACGUGGGAUGUCUAGACGACUGGCAUCUCUCCGACACUGUACUGUGCUGGCCAUGUCUAACCUGCUCAAUGCUAACGUCGACAGCGGCCUCAUGCACUCCAUUGGUCUGGGGUACCAUAAGGACCUGCAAACACGAGCUACGUUCAUGGAGGUGCUCACUAAGAUCCUUCAGCAAGGGACAGAGUUUGACACGCUCGCAGAGACUGUGCUUGCAGACCGCUUUGAGAGACUUGUUGAGCUGGUCACCAUGAUGGGAGACCAGGGCGAGCUGCCCAUAGCCAUGGCACUGGCCAAUGUGGUCCCCUGCUCUCAAUGGGAUGAACUGGCCAGGGUGUUGGUGACACUGUUCGACUCUCGCCAUCUGCUGUAUCAGCUGCUAUGGAACAUGUUCUCAAAAGAGGUGGAGCUGGCCGACUCUAUGCAGACCCUCUUCAGAGGAAAUAGCCUUGCCAGCAAGAUUAUGACCUUUUGCUUUAAGGUCUAUGGUGCUGCAUAUCUGCAGAAGCUUCUGGAGCCACUGUUGAGAGGAAUUAUUACCACACCGGAGUGGCAGCAAAUCAGUUUUGAAGUAGACCCUACCAGGCUCGAACCAGCGGAGAACCUGGAGGAGAACCAGAAGAACCUCCUGCAGAUAACAGACCGCUUCUUCCUGGCCAUUAUCAACUCUUCAAACGAGUUCCCUCCACAGCUGCGCAGUGUGUGCCACUGUCUGUAUCAGGUGGUCAGCCAGCGGUUUCCACAGAACAGUAUCGGUGCAGUAGGAAGUGCCAUGUUCUUGCGCUUUAUUAACCCAGCUAUUGUAUCACCGUAUGAGGCAGGCAUCCUAGACAAGAAACCUCCACCUCGCAUCGAGCGUGGCCUCAAACUCAUGUCUAAGAUACUCCAGAGCAUUGCUAAUCAUGUACUGUUCACAAAAGAAGAGCAUAUGCGGCCCUUUAAUGAUUUUGUCAAAAGCAACUUUGAUGCAGCCAGAAGGUUCUUCUUUGAUAUUGCAUCUGAUUCUCCACCAAGUGACACUGUGAAUCACAGUCUAUCUUUCAUCAGUGACUGCAAUGUGCUCGCCCUGCAUCGUCUGUUAUGGAACAACCAAGAAAGAAUUGGCCAGUACUUGUCCAGCAACAGGGACCACAAGGCAGUGGGCCGCAGACCAUUUGACAAGAUGGCCACCCUCCUGGCCUACCUGGGCCCCCCUGAACAUAAGCCAGUAGCUGACACACACUGGUCCAGCCUCAACCUCACCAGCUCAAAGUUUGAGGAAUUUAUGACAAGGCAUCAAGUCCAUGAGAAGGAGGAGUUUAAAGCUUUAAAGACGCUCAACAUCUUUUACCAAGCUGGCACGUCAAAGAAUGGCAAUCCUGUCUUUUAUUACAUUGCUCGCAGGUUCAAAACCGGACAAAUCAAUGGGGAUCUUCUGAUCUACCACGUCCUUCUGACGCUCAAACCAUACUACGCCAAGCACUACGAGAUCGUAGUAGACCUCACCCAUGUGGGCCCAAGUAACCGCUUUAAGACGGACUUCUUAUCCAAGUGGUUUGUGGUCUUUCCAAACUUUGCCUAUGAGAAUGUGGCUGCCGUGUACAUCUACAACUGCAACACCUGGGUACGAGAGUACACCAAAUACCACGAGCGACUACUGACCGGCCUCAAGGGGAGCAAGAAGCUGCUGUUUAUCGACUCGCCUGCACGUCUAGCCGAAAACAUUGAGCCUGAGCAGCAGAAGCUGCCUGCAGCUACCUUGGCACUGGAAGAAGACCUCAAAGUGUUCCACAAUGCCCUGAAACUGGCGCACAAGGACACAAAGGUGUCGAUCAAGGUGGGAUCAACAGCUGUUCAGGUGACCUCAGCCGAGCGAACGCGUGUCCUGGGACAGCCUGUUUUCCUGAACGACAUAUACUAUGCUUCAGAGAUCGAGGAGAUAUGCCUGGUGGACGAAAACCAGUUCACACUGACCAUCGCUAACCAGGGCACCCCUCUCACGUUCAUGCACCAGGAGUGCGAAGCCAUCGUUCAGUCCAUCAUCCACAUCCGCACACGCUGGGAGCUCUCUCAACCAGACUCCAUUCCUCAGCACACAAAGAUCAGGCCUAAAGAUGUUCCUGGCACCCUGCUCAACAUUGCCCUCCUCAACCUGGGAAGCUCUGACCCCAGUCUGAGGUCAGCUGCGUACAAUCUCCUUUGUGCCUUAACCUGCACCUUCAACCUGAAGAUUGAAGGCCAACUCCUGGAAACAUCUGGCUUGUGCAUCCCAGCCAACAACACCCUUUUUAUUGUGUCCAUUAGCAAAACGCUAGCAGCUAACGAACCCCACCUCACUCUGGAGUUCCUGGAAGAGUGCAUCUCCGGCUUCAGCAAGUCAAGCAUUGAGCUGAAGCAUCUGUGUCUGGAGUAUAUGACUCCUUGGCUGCGUAAUUUGGUGCGCUUUUGUAAACACAAUGACGAUGCCAAACGGCAGCGUGUCACGGCUAUCCUGGACAAACUCAUUACUAUGACCAUCAAUGAGAAGCAGAUGUACCCCUCCAUACAGGCGAAGAUAUGGGGCAGCUUGGGUCAGAUCACAGACCUGCUUGAUGUGGUGUUGGAUAGCUUCAUAAAGACUAGUGCUACUGGGGGUUUGGGAUCCAUCAAGGCUGAAGUGAUGGCUGACACAGCUGUAGCUCUGGCUUCAGGAAACGUCAAGCUGGUGUCCAGCAAGGUGAUUGGCCGGAUGUGUAAGAUCAUUGAUAAGACGUGCCUGUCCCCCACCCCCACCCUUGAGCAGCACCUGAUGUGGGACGACAUCGCCAUCCUGGCCCGUUACAUGCUCAUGCUCUCCUUCAACAACUCUCUGGACGUGGCCGCUCAUCUGCCCUACAUGUUCCAUGUCGUCACUCUGCUGGUGGCCACCGGCCCGCUGUCACUCCGAGCAUCAACGCAUGGCCUCGUUAUCAACAUCAUACACUCGCUCUGCACCUGCUCACAGCUCAACUUCAGCGAGGAGACUAAACAGGUGCUGCGUCUGAGUCUGACUGAGUUCUCCCUGCCCAAGUUCUACCUGCUGUUCGGCAUCAGUAAGGUCAAAUCUGCGGCGGUCAUCGCCUUCCGCUCCAGCUACAGAGACCGCUCGUUCUCCCCUGGCUCCUAUGAGAGAGAGACCUUUGCUCUUUCUUCCCUGGAAACAGUUACAGAGGCUCUUUUGGAGAUUAUGGAGGCCUGUAUGAGGGACAUUCCUGGAUGCAAAUGGUUGGAUCAGUGGACCGAAUUGGCACAAAAGUUUGCAUUCCAAUAUAACCCAUCUCUUCAGCCACGGGCGCUUGUGGUGUUUGGCUGCAUCAGUAAACGUGUGACUCAUGGACAGCUCAAACAGAUCAUUCGUAUUCUCAGUAAAGCCAGUCCUCUGCUCAGCAUUGAUCGGGGGCUGGAGAGCUGCUUAAAGGGGCCGGAUAAUUACAACAGCCAGGUUCUCAUUGAGGCCACCGUCAUCGCUCUCACAAAACUACAGCCUCUCCUCGAUCAGGACUCUCCCAUGCAUAAAGCUCUGUUCUGGGUGGCUGUGGCUGUACUUCAGUUGGAUGAAGUGAAUCUGUAUUCUGCCGGAACCGCCUUACUGGAGCAGAACCUGCACACACUGGACAGCCUCCGGGUGUUUAAUGAUAAGAGUCCUGAGGAGGUCUUCAUGGAGAUCCGGAAGCCUCUGGAAUGGCAUUGUAAACAAAUGGACCAUUUUGUGGGACUCAACUUUGCCUCCAACUUCAACUUUGCAUUAGUGGGGCACUUGCUCAAAGGUAAUGAUUAA